AUGGUCAACCACCGCGUCACCUACCGCCGCCGCACCCCCUACAACACCACCUCCAACAUCACCCGAGUCUCCAAGACUCCCGGUGGUAAGCUCCGCGUGCUGCACCUGAAGAAGCGCGGCACCGUCCCCAAGUGCGGCGACUGCGGCUCCAAGCUCUCUGGCAUCCCCGCUCUCCGUCCCCGCGAGUACGCUACCAUCUCCAAGCCCCAGAAGACCGUCCAGCGCGCCUACGGUGGUUCGCGAUGUGGUAACUGCGUCCGCGACCGCAUCGUCCGUGCGUUCCUGAUCGAGGAGCAGAAGAUCGUCAAGAAGGUCCUGAAGGAGCAGGAGCAGGGCAAGAAGAAAUAA